AUGGAGAGGGCCGGCCCCGGCUGCGCGCGGCCGCAACAGCAGUGGGACCAGGACUCGGUCGAAGCGUGGCUGGACGAUCACUGGGACUUUACCUUCUCUUACUUUGUUAGGAAAGGCACCAGAGAAAUGGUCAAUGCAUGGUUUGCUGAGAGAGUUCACACCAUCCCUGUGUGCAAGGAAGGAAUCAAAGGCCACACGGAAUCCUGCUCUUGCCCCUUUCAGCCAAGUACCCGUGCAGAGAGCAGUGUCCCUGGAACACCAACCAGGAAGAUCUCUGCCUCCGAAUUCGAUCGGCCGCUUAGACCCAUUGUUAUCAAGGAUUCUGAGGGGACUGUGAGCUUCCUCUCUGACUCAGACAAGAAGGAACAGAUGCCUCUAACCUCCCCACGGUUUGAUAAUGAUGAAGGGGACCAGUGCUCGAGACUCUUGGAAUUAGUGAAAGAUAUUUCUAGUCACUUGGAUGUCACAGCCUUAUGUCACAAAAUUUUCUUGCAUAUCCAUGGACUUAUCUCCGCCGACCGCUACUCCUUAUUCCUCGUCUGUGAGGACAGCUCCAACGACAAGUUUCUUAUCAGCCGCCUCUUUGAUGUUGCAGAAGGUUCAACACUGGAAGAAGCUUCGAAUAACUGUAUCCGCUUAGAGUGGAACAAAGGCAUCGUGGGACACGUGGCCGCUCUUGGCGAGCCCUUGAACAUCAAGGACGCCUAUGAGGAUCCUCGAUUCAAUGCAGAAGUUGACCAAAUUACAGGCUACAAGACACACAGUAUUCUUUGUAUGCCAAUUAAGAAUCAUAGGGAAGAGGUUGUUGGUGUAGCGCAGGCCAUCAACAAGAAAUCAGGAAAUGGUGGGACAUUCACUGAAAAAGAUGAAAAGGACUUUGCUGCUUACUUGGCAUUUUGUGGAAUUGUUCUUCAUAAUGCUCAACUCUAUGAGACUUCACUGCUGGAAAACAAGAGAAACCAGGUGCUGCUUGACCUUGCUAGCUUAAUUUUUGAAGAACAACAAUCAUUAGAAGUAAUUCUAAAGAAAAUAGCUGCCACUAUUAUCUCUUUCAUGCAGGUGCAGAAAUGCACCAUUUUCAUAGUGGAUGAAGAUUGCUCCGAUUCUUUCUCUAGCGUGUUUCACAUGGAGUGUGAGGAAUUAGAAAAAUCGUCGGAUACUUUAACACGGGAACGUGAUGCAAACAGAAUCAAUUACAUGUAUGCUCAGUAUGUCAAAAAUACUAUGGAACCACUUAAUAUUCCAGAUGUCAGUAAGGACAAAAGAUUUCCCUGGACAAAUGAAAACAUGGGAAAUGUAAACCAGCAGUGCAUUAGAAGUUUGCUUUGUACACCUAUAAAAAAUGGAAAGAAGAACAAAGUGAUAGGGGUUUGCCAACUUGUUAAUAAGAUGGAGGAAACCACUGGCAAAGUUAAGCCUUUCAACCGAAACGAUGAACAGUUUCUGGAAGCUUUCGUCAUCUUUUGUGGCUUGGGGAUCCAGAACACGCAGAUGUACGAAGCGGUGGAGAGAGCCAUGGCCAAGCAAAUGGUCACGUUAGAGGUUCUGUCUUAUCAUGCUUCAGCUGCAGAGGAAGAGACCAGAGAGCUCCAGUCCUUAGCGGCUGCUGUGGUGCCAUCUGCCCAGACCCUUAAAAUCACCGACUUCGGCUUCAGCGACUUCGAGCUGUCCGACCUGGACACAGCGCUGUGCACAAUCCGGAUGUUCACGGACCUCAACCUCGUGCAGAGCUUCCAGAUGAAACAUGAGGUCCUUUGCAGGUGGAUUUUAAGUGUGAAGAAGAACUAUCGGAAGAACGUCGCCUAUCAUAAUUGGAGACAUGCCUUCAAUACGGCUCAGUGCAUGUUUGCUGCACUAAAAGCAGGCAAAAUUCAGAACAGGCUGACGGACCUGGAGAUACUCGCACUGCUGAUUGCUGCCUUAAGCCAUGAUCUGGAUCACCGCGGUGUCAAUAACUCUUACAUACAGCGAAGUGAACACCCACUUGCUCAGCUGUACUGCCAUUCAAUCAUGGAGCACCAUCACUUUGAUCAGUGCCUGAUGAUCCUUAAUAGUCCUGGCAAUCAGAUUCUCAGUGGCCUCUCCAUUGAAGAAUAUAAGACCACGCUGAAGAUAAUCAAGCAAGCUAUUUUAGCUACAGACCUAGCACUGUACAUAAAGAGACGAGGAGAAUUUUUUGAACUUAUAAGAAAAAAUCAAUUCAACUUGGAAGAUCCUCAUCAAAAGGAGUUGUUUUUAGCGAUGCUGAUGACAGCUUGUGAUCUUUCUGCAAUUACAAAACCCUGGCCUAUUCAACAACGGAUAGCAGAACUUGUUGCCACUGAAUUUUUUGACCAAGGAGACAGAGAGAGAAAAGAACUCAACAUAGAACCCACUGAUCUAAUGAACCGGGAGAAAAAAAACAAAAUCCCAAGUAUGCAAGUUGGAUUCAUAGAUGCCAUCUGCUUGCAACUGUAUGAGGCCUUGACCCAUGUGUCGGGGGACUGUUUCCCUUUGCUGGAUGGCUGCAGAAAGAACAGGCAGAAAUGGCAGGCCCUUGCAGAACAGCAGGAGAAGACACUGAUCAAUGGUGAAAGCAGCCAGACCAAGCGGAACUGA